AUGUCCGUCGUGUGCAAGGUCUUUGCGGAAUGCCAUACGCUCAGGGAGCCGAAGUCCCUCCGACGUGUAAAGGGCGCCAGUGACACGAGUUUCUUGGCUCCUUUAGCACGCCGCUCGUCAACGGCGUACGACCUGAGCUGGCCUUUACGCAAGCGACGUUCCCCCGGACGCUCGGAACAUUCCUUUACCGACGACGAGAUGCCUGCAGACUACGCUGAGAAACGGGAGUUUGUGAACGUUACGCGGCGGAGCAGUUUUGGUCCCAGCCAGUUCAAGUGCUCGGCUUUCCAGUAA